AUAAAAGAAAUGGGGAUCAAGCCUAGCAUAAUAUUCGAGACAUAAAUUUUAAGUUCAUUUCGGAGGAAGGAAUUUCUGGUAUUUAAAGAUUUCAUUUUAAUUCAUUUGUGUAAUUUAAUUGGGCGUAUGACAAUUUGGGGUUGAUUUAUAUGUUUUCCAGUUUACAUUUUCUUUUGCUCUGUUUCCUUUCCUAUCCAUACAGUGUUAUUGACACAAUUUUUCUGUUAAAAUUCAAAUACCUUUCUUACUUAUAAAUAGGUAUAAAUAUAAAUAAGUGCACUGAAACCGUAUCUGUGUGUGUCUCCUUGCCUCCUACGAAUCCUUGCGUCUUCUGAUUGAGGUAAAUUGGGUCUAUGGUAUUCCCAUAAAUAAUCAUUUAAAUUUUUGCGUGUAAGCUCCUAAUUUGCACUGACGGGGGUUACACUGUACAUCAUAUUAAAAUGAGCAUAUUAAUAUAAACCUGUGAUCUGAAUUACAGCCAGAAUUUGUUUGCCUAGAGAGUUAGAUAUAAAUGACAUCUUUUCACAGAUAUUUGAAUAAGUAAAUUAACCUACAUGAUAUUGCCACAGGAGCUGAGAUGUAAGACAAAAUUUAAUUUGCUAUUUUAAAAUUGGGCUUUUUGGAGCAAACUACCAUCAUCUUAUGUGACAGUGUAUCAGGCAUUUAAUCAGUUUAGAUGGUCAGUCACUAAAUUAAGGCACGCUGUGGUUUUAGACUUCAUAGUAAGGUUAACCAGAGGAGGAACUGCUUAAGCUGCUACAGACACAGUAAGAACUUCACACAGAAGCAGGACUCAAGAAUUGGAACAAAUCUAACAUGAGCUACUUUUUGAGUUUUAUUCUCUUCAUUUCCAGUGUUGACAGUUUUUCGUCAGCAUCCAGACAGUUAAGUCUUAAAACUGGAGCAUCUGUCACCAUCCCAUGUCAUUAUGAUAGGAAAUAUAUACAACAUAAAAAAUACUGGUGCUAUGGAAUAAUAUUCAAUUUCUGCAAAAUUCAGGCGUAUGCCAAUGACACAAAGGGGAAAGUGACAGUGACUGAUUACCCAGCUGAGAGUCUCUUUACUGUGACAAUGAAUGAGCUCCAGACAGGAAAUACUGGAUGGUACUGGUGUGCUGUAGAGAUAAGUGGACCAGACGUUAAAGAAUACCUUUAUAUCACAGUGAAAUCAGAUCCUGAUCUGUCUGUGAUGGAGAGCAGAGUGAGUGGUGAGGAAGGAGGCAGUGUCACAGUCCAGUGUCUUUACAGCUCUGCAUAUCAGAAUACACAGAAGCAGUGGUGCAGAUUCAAAGAUGAAUGCGGCAAUUCAGUGGGGAGGACUGAUACUUCCCAGAAUUCAGCAGUGCACAUCAGUGAUGAUGGGAGAAGAUCCUUCAGUGUGCAGAUGAGUGGACUGAAGAAGAGUGAUGCUGGCUGGUACUGGUGCAGUGCAGGAGAUCUGCAGUUUCCUGUUCACAUCAGUGUCCAUGAUCCACCUCCAGUUGUGACUACAGCAGUGACUACAACCACUCACCAUGUGACUCCUUACAUUGGGGGUGAGACCCUGAUCCACUGGUACCUGGUGGCCCUUAUUUUACUACUGGUGAUACUGGUCAUCAUCAUCUGCUGUAAGAAAUGCAAGAAUCAAAUCAGGACCAGAGAGAGGAGCAAUGACACCACUGUUCACACACAGCCCACUUUUCCAGCUGAAGACUCCAUUAUAUACAGCACUGUGGCUGUUUCUAAGCCAAACUCUUCAGCAUCAAAAGAUAAUGAGCAGGACGUGACCUACAGCAUUGUAAACAUUGCUUCCAAGAAUAAAUCUAUGUCUCCAAAUAAUGUUGAUGUUGAGAACAUCUACAGCAACGUGGUGUGCCAGUAAGAGAUGUAUAUAUAAGUAUAUAAAGAUUGAUGUCCCGUUUGGCUGGAAGGAAACUGUGGGUGGUGCCUCAGGGAUCUCUACUGGGUCUCAUGUUCAUCCUCAGCAUUAUGAACAAACCCAAUCAGGACAAGGACAACAUACCCCACACUCAUACUACUGACUUACAUCAUAGUCACAUGACCCUCAGUCAUUCAGAAAAUACCAGUUUCCUUACUGUAGCUGCCACAUGAUAACUGCUAAAGCUAACUCAAUACAAGUCCUACUACACCAGCUAUCAUCAUUUCCAUCCACACGGCACACACCAGUCCAGCCCUUAAAUACAGACAUGCGUAUGCAACAUAACACACUGAGGAACUUCCACAACUGGAUGAAUAUAAAUGUAAGAAAAAAAAACAAUUGGUGUUUGCAAAUAAAAAGCAAUUCCAGCAUCUAGUAUAUCUAUGUGUUCUUAUAUAUUUCUCACAUUUGCAUAUAAAUACAAGGACAGACAAAGUGGUACAUUUACAUGUCUAAUAAAUAUCUGAAGCAUUCAGGGUUAUUGUCGCUCAUUAAUGUUUUACUUGUAAAUAAUAAUUUAUCACUUUUUAUUGUGACAGUGUUUGUCUGUGUAUAUUAGCAGUUUUUAUUUUAACUUUAGUAUUAGAUUUUUUUUAAUGAAACUCCUUAAAUGUAUGUUAAAUGUUGCAUAAAUAAAGAUUAUAUCUCACCAGUGUUGAAUUAUUUAUUCUGAUGAACUGACAUGAACUAACUCGUCUCACAGACGAUCUACAACAUUAAGAGGAAGAAAUUGUGAGUAAGUAAUUUGUUGUCAUUGUUGGUUUGAGUGUUUUAAUGCUGCUGUUGACAUUUCUGGUUUUGUUGCUGUUACAAAUAUCACUUCUAAUGAUCAUUUCCUCAGUUACAACUGAUUGUACAGAUUCCUACAGUAAAGAACCCACGUGAUCACAGAAAUAGUCUUAUACAUUGCUGAUAGCAGUGAGUCAUUAGUAUACACUAGCAUUUUAUGGUAUUUGAAAUCAUUUUAGGCUAUGUUUUUUUUUUUUUUUUUUAGUGUAUUUUUUUUUUUCAAAUUAUGUCUUUUGAAUUGUGUAUGAUUAAAAGCUAAUGUUAUAGAGAAGAUUCCCAGGAAUAUUAUUCAUUUGACUAUUUUUCAGGGGAAAAGACUUCGUUCUUCCUCUAUUCUUCCUUAGCAGUCAAUAUAUAAAAGCAAUAAAACUUCAUUGACUUUUCAAUAGUUUUUUUAGAGUUUAUUGCAUAAUUAAACAUUCUUAGCCUCCUUUAAAAGGUCUACUUGGAACUCUUUCUGAUAGGGAAAUGGCAUAGAAACUUGAAGUGAAUGUAAGUGUGACACCUCAGCACAUGCUUUAAUUUACACUGUGAUUG